GGGCUCCUGACCCGGGCGGCCCGGUGGGCGGCGCUGGCUUUGUCUGCUCCGAUCGCUAGCGAGGGGCUGGAGGCCUUGGCCCAGACUCCUCUUGGCCGAACUCUGGCGCCCGGCUGAGUGAGAGGCUGGGCGGGCGACCCGUCUGGAAGCCGGGGUUCUGUGGCCUUCGCCCUGUCCGCGCCACGGUUGAUCCUGCUUCUCAGAAGAUGCACUAUUACAGAUACUCUAAUGCCGAGGUCAGCUGCUGGUACAAGUACCUCCUUUUCAGCUAUAACAUCAUCUUCUGGUUGGCUGGAGUUGUCUUCCUUGCAGUUGGACUGUGGGCAUGGAGUGAAAAGGGGGUGCUGUCCGACCUCACCAAAGUGACCCGGCUCCAUGGAAUCGACCCUGUGGUGCUCGUCCUGAUGGUGGGCGUGGUGAUGUUCACGCUGGGGUUUGCUGGCUGCGUGGGGGCCCUGAGGGAGAACAUCUGCCUGCUCAAGUUUUUCUGCAGUGCCAUUGUGCUCAUCUUCUUCCUGGAGCUGGCGGUGGCUGUGCUGGCCUUCCUGUUCCAGGACUGGGUGAGGGAUCGCUUCCGGGAGUUCUUUGAGAGCAACAUCAAAUCCUACCGCGACGAUAUCGACCUGCAGAACCUUAUUGACUCCCUUCAGAAAGCGAACCAGUGCUGUGGGGCAUAUGGCCCUGAAGAUUGGGACCUCAACAUCUACUUCAACUGCAGUGGCGCCAGCUAUAGCCGUGAGAAGUGUGGGGUGCCCUUCUCCUGCUGUGUGCCAGACCCUGCGCAAAAAGUUGUGAAUACACAGUGUGGAUAUGACGUCAGGUCUCAGCUGAAGAGCAAGUGGGAGGAGUCCAUCUUCACCAAAGGCUGCAUCCAGGCGCUGGAAAGCUGGCUCCCGCGGAACAUUUACAUUGUGGCCGGUGUCUUCAUCGCCAUCUCCCUGCUGCAGAUAUUUGGCAUCUUCUUGGCGAGGACCCUGAUCUCAGACAUUGAGGCAGUGAAGGAUGGCCAUCACUUCUGAGCAGCAGAGCGAGUGGAGCAGAGCUGAGCCAGGCUGUGGAGGUCAGAAUCCUCCACUGUCACUAACUUUAUGUCCAGUGAACGAGAAGUGGACACGCCCAACUGGAGCCAGCACCCCAUCUCAGCAUCAGAGUGACGUGCCCUGGUUCUGCUUGCUGGUGCUGAAGACAGAGACUGUCUUUAAGUGGGAUGGCAACUUAGGGACAGGCAGAACUCUUGUGGCUUUGAGAAGUCUUAACUUAGUCCUCCUGGAGCCCAAGUGCGUCUACAGGGCCCCCUGGCCUCCUCACCACUCAUGUCAUUUGUGCUGGCCUUGAGGGCAGCCACAUCUGUGAAUAGGACACUGGCGGAGGAGCCAGCAGGCGUGGACAGACCUCCCAGCAGCACAUGGGCACUGUCUGUACCUGGGAUGGGAAUUACACUCGCACUCAGAGUCACAGUAGGCCUGUGAGUCCACCAGGACCUCUGGUGUCUGCACAAGUUGGGAGCUGUUUGCGGGCAGCUCAGCCGUGUCCAAGUGAAGUAAGCCUGAGCCACUGUGUGGGCUGGGGCCGCGGGCUCAAGGCACUGCCCAUGGCCCCCACCAACGUGGGCCUGUGGUCACAGCAGCAUUAUGCCCUGAUGGCACAAGGGGGGCAAUAGACAUGGUUCUAUGUUGAGAGCCGGCUCUCCUUUUCUUACGGCAUGUAAAUAGUUUAUUUAUAGGGGCAAGGAUGUUCACGUGGUUUCUCAUUUCUUCUGGCAUUCUCCUCUAGUCAGCCUUACAUGGUGUCCGGGACUGGAGCUGUCCCUUUCAGUUCCCUCAAGUGUCCCAAGGACAACCCCAUUGCUUCUCCUUUUCAUCCUAACAACCCUGGUUAGGUGCACGUGCGUCUCUUCUCCAUGCACCCCAACUUGCAUACACCCACUCCCACUCCCUAACUGGGCCUCAUUGUCUUCUAGUCUUGGUGCUACUGAAACUGUCCCUGGAACUUGAAUCCUGUCCUUCCCUCCCCCUACAAGACCAGGAGCCCUAGGCAGAGAUAGCCAUCAUCAGUCCUUUGGCCACAGCUCCUUUCAAAACCACGUGCCACAGGCCUGCCCCCAGCAGGGCGUUCGCCUCUCCCCAGAGAGAGAAGUUCGGCAGCCGGCCCUGGAGUCCACCGCAGACCCCAGCAGCAGCCGUGUGGAGCUCUGCGUGUCUCGAUACUGACUCUAGUGACUCCCUCAGCCGGGAUGUCUGUGGUCACAGUGUCUGCCCUUCCUGUGAGGGCUAUUCUGGGGCUUGUUCUUGGAAAUGAAUUGUUUCAUGUGCUGAAUAACCCCUGCUGGGAGUAGAUAGCUGGGGAUUUUGUUCAUCUUUGUCUGGGCCACGUUCUAGAAUUUCUGGGGGUCCUGUACCAGUUCUGUCCUUUCGUUCAGGGAUUGAGCGCUGCCGUCACUUACUUGCCGAAGUGUACAUUCUAGUGCGGUGUAUACUGAUGGGAGUCUGUUCAUGAUGUUAUUAUAAUUUUUUUUUUAUCAUUUUCUUUGUAGACUAGGAGAAGAAUGCUGUGUUUUUAGGAAGUGUGAUGCUUUUCUUUGCCAAACUUUUAUGGAAUAUAUCUUUGUAUUAAAGCUGUUGGUUUGGUUGUUUGUGUUUUGGCAUUAAACAUCGCAGUGGGACACUCAGUUGCCGAGGGGACCAGUGGAUAAGAUGUGAGAGAUACCACAGAAGGGUGGGCGGUACAAUCCUUCACUGGCACAAUCUGAAAUAAAUUGCAUAAGUGAUUUUUCUUUUUA